AUGGGAUAACUCCAUUUUGGAAACAGCUGUUUAAGGACGUAAUCCUUCGCUUUGUCUUCAGGGGCUGUCCAUGAAACAGUCAUCUUGCGAACACAACUUCUCUUCCUUUUGCCUGAAGACGCGUAGACUAACAUAACUGCCGAAUCCAGUCAAUUAUGAAUUUAAAAGGAACCUUAAACUUUACAAGGGGACAUCCCUAAGCCUGCGUUGUAACAAGUGGAGGAAACUCAAGCUGUGAUGGCCAGAUGAUGGAUGUGGAGGCAUCAUACUCCGAUUUUAUCACCUGUGACCGGACAGGCCGCAGGAACGCCGUUCCUGACAUCACAGAAGAGGCUCAGACAGUGGGAACCGGCGAUCUCACUAAGGACAUGGCCCAGAUGGACCUCAAACCCACAGAGGCAGACGCUUCCGCGGCUCCUCCUCCAGAGGCAGAGGCAUCAGGAGGCCAGGGGGCACAGGGGAGCAGCGGACCUUCCUAAGAGCGGAGCAGAGCGGAGGAGGAAAGGAGACCAGGAGCGAUGACACAGACAUUGGGCAGAGGAAAGAAGGACUCCUUUUGGUCUGAGCCAAUCUGAGUGGCCGUCUUCUCCCACUGACUACCCCCCCACGUGGCUUUCCACCAAUGGCGUGCCUCGUUGUGCUGGACUACUCUGGAGCUGGACAUUGAAGUUGGCUUGUGUUUCCCUAUCAACGUCACACAAAAGCACAGAGUGUUUGUUUUGUUUUAUAUAUCUCUCUCUUUUUUUAAUUGAACCAUAAUACUGUCUGUAAUAUAUGACAAAUAACUUUAAUGCAUAGUCAUACAGUAUCUCUAUGAAGUUUUUUUUUUGUUUGUUUCCAAGUUAAAGUUUGAAGUUAUGUUCCCUGUUGUGUCAUGGGAUGGAAGCUCUGCUUUGCUCUUGUGCAACAGGAAGAGCUGGAGCCUGUGUGUCCUUUCCUAAAUGUGCGCUGGAGACCUCGGUGGACUGUUACAGAAAGGAUUAGUAGCCUGUGAUCUGCCGCAGUGUGUACUCUGCAGCCUCGCAGCCCUGGUGCAGCUGGAACCUCUGAGUGUGGUUCUGGAGCAGAGGUGGAGUCCUCAGUGUUCUGAAAUGAAAUGGAGCUGGCGCUUAAGUUUGUGACCCAGUUUCAUGCUCUUUGAUGAUUGUGCUGCCAGAGAAUGCGCUGUACGGAACAUAUUUAUUUCAUGUUAUUCAGUAGGUGUGUGCGUGUGCGUGCGCGUGUGACAUACUUGGUGUUCACAUACAGGGAGUCUGGGCAUCACAGAGGCGGUGAACAACACUGCUCUUAUUUUAUGUUUUUACUGUAACAAUCUCAGAAUAAAACAAAAUUUCACUGGA